CCGUGUCCCGCGGCUGCCCGGCGGCCCCCCGCGGCAGCGGAGGGGAGCUCCGAUCAGCUCGGCUCAGCUCGCCAGGGCGGGGCUUGUUUCUCGUCCCCGAUCCUCUCGGAGAGGCCCUGACGUGUUGCCAUGGCCGAGGGAGCCGCGGCGGCGGCGGCGUGCUUCAGCGAGGAUGAUUUUUACUGUCCCGUCUGCCAGGAGGUGUUCAAGACGCCCGUGAGGACCGCGAACUGCCAGCACGUGUUUUGCAGGAAGUGCUUCUUGACAGCUAUCAGAGAAAGUGGAACGCAUUGUCCUCUCUGCCGGGGGAGCGUGACUAAAAAAGAAAGAACAUAUCCCAAAAGGGCUCUAGAUGUUGAAAACAGUAUGAAGAAAGCUUCUGGGGGCUGUAGAUGCUGUGAGAAGCAGGUUAGAUUUUCGUGGAUGAGACAGCAUUAUAAAACGUGUAAGAAGUAUCAGGAUGAAUAUGGUGUUUCUUCUAUUAUUCCAAACUUACAGAUUUCCCAGGAUUCGACAGGGAACAGUAGCAGGAAUGAUGCAAUAUCUGAUAAUGGCGAGAUGGCUAAUAAUCAAAUACUUCAAGGAGAAACAAGUGGACACCCAACCUUCAAAUGCCCCCUGUGUCAGGAAGCCAAUUUUACCAGACAACGCUUGCUGGAUCACUGUAAUAAUAGACAUCUUUAUCAGAUAGUUCCUGUAAUCUGUCCUAUUUGUGUAUCUCUUCCUUGGGCAGAUACUAACCAGGUUACUAGAAAUCUUGUUAGCCAUCUAAAUCUAAGACACCGGUUUGACUACGGAGAAUUUGUGAAUCUUCAGCUUGAUGAAGAAGCCCAAUACCAAAAUGCAGUUCAAGAAUCCUGUCAUGUGAACUUUUAAAGUAUAGUCCCCCUUCAUCUUACUGAUUAUUUGAGAGAAAAAUUACAUUAAUUCUGUUAGUGAUUUGAAGUGUAUAUUAAUAAAAAUGGUAUUCAGUAACCACUUUGCAGGUUUAACUUUUUUCCACGCUCAUAAGAACUUUUCAUAAAUGAUUUUGCUGAAACUCAAACCGUUGUCUUGAUUUUCUCUGACUUUUACUACUCUGUUAAUUACGUGGUUUCUUUUAUUAAUGUCAGGUAUUUUAAUUCAGCAAAACCAACUUUGAAAGUAUCUUUAAAAAGACUGUUGCA